GACAAUUCAUCCAUCCAUCCACCCAUCCAUCCAUCCAACAGAUAUCUGUGGUGAUCCCAUCAGGCCCCUUUCUAGGCACUGAGGACACAAUUAGCAAGCUCAAGUGACUGGAGACUUGCAGCAUUUCCAGGUGACUUUGGUGUGUGCAUGUGAACGUGUGUGUGUACACGUGCACCCAAUCCCUUCUGUCGGCAAGGGCCUGCUGCUGGGGCACCUGUCUUCCCUGGGGCCUGGUGCUUUUAGCAUCUGUCCCUGGAUCCUGUUGCAGCCCGAAAUAAGGCUGUGAGCCACGACGAGGCAGGAAGGAUUCUCGUCAGCUGAGGCUGGAGCUGACUGCAGGGCACGCUCCGCUCACUGACCGCCUGACCGCAGUAGGAACACCGACCAUUCAACUUGCAGCUUCCCGACAGAGGUGUUAAUCUUGAGGGUCUCACACUCUCUCUGCUCACUGUGGUCUCACCUCUCAGGAUGAUCCCCAAGGAGCAGAAGGAGCCAGUGAUGGCUGCCAUGGGCGACCAAGCUGGACCAGCACCUUUGCUGGACCUGGGCAAGAAGCUGAGCGUGCCCCAGGACUUAAUGAUGGAGGAGCUGUCGCUGCGCAACAACCGGGGAUCCCUCCUCUUCCAGAAGAGGCAGCGCCGUGUGCAGAAAUUCACCUUUGAGUUUGCGGCCAGCCAGCGGCCGGUUGCCAAUGGCCCGCAGGAUCAGAACUACCGCUCCGAGCUCCACAUCUUCCCGGCCUCACCUGGGGACCCCGAAGACGCCCAGCCCGCAGCUUCCCAGGCAGAGCGCGCCCCUAGCCCCAGCGCCCUGGCACCAGGCUAUGCUGAGCCACUCAAAAGCAUCCCGCCAGAGAAGUUCAACCACACGGUCAUCCCCAAGGGCUACCGCUGCCCGUGGCAGGAGUUCGUCAGCUGCCAGGACUUCCAGAGAGAUGGCCGAAGUCACACCCCCAGCCCUGCGGAGUACCGAAAUUUCAACAAGACCCCCAUGCCCUUCGGAGGACCCCUGGCAGGGGAGACCAUGUCCAGGGCAGGCACCCCCUUCAUCCCGGAGCUCAUCAGUGGCUUGGAACUCCUCCGCCUCAGACCCAACUUCAACAGGGUGGCCCAGGGCUGGGUCCGCAACCUCCCGGAGUCCGAGGAUCUGUAGCCUGGGAGACCGGAAGCUCCAGCACCCUGGUCUCAGAGUUCGGAGAACACCCGGAGCUGAGAUUCCAGACCGCACUUCACAGUUUCAAAAGGGCCUUCACACACAGUACCUAUUGCAAUGGCCUCAACGGCCACCACGUUCAGUAGUCCCCAAAUGUGGGGUUUAGAAAGUUUUUCCUUUUCCUCAGAUGCAGCUGGUCUUUAUCUAUUCAUGUUCUAAAUAAUUACUAAGUACCUACUAUGUGCUAGACUCUGUGACAGCCCCAGGCAGAGGGGCCCAGACCCUGAUCUAGAGUAGGAAAAGAUAGUGGGGAAGACAGAUUUGUAAGGCAGUAAAUCACCGCACUUUUCCCUAGAGCCCGCCCAUCGGCACCUGAGGAGCACAGUGCAGUGAGGCAAGGGAGGGUCCCUGGCCCUGGGUGCGAACGCCCAGUCCCAGAGGACUGGAGCAGGGCCUCGGAGGGGGAGUAAGGGUCCAUCGGGGAAGAGGGUGGGAGGUGGGUGCAUUCCCAGCCAGGGGACCAGCACAUGCUGGGGAGGCGCAGACUUGUCAUAGGUGCGGGGUGUUCCGGAGAAGGGAGAGAGCUCGGUGACAGGAGGUGGUGACUCCUUAGAAGGCCAGGUUGGGGUGGGCUGCACUCAGAAAGUGGGGGAGGUUCUUGAGCUGGGGAGUGGGGGUUCUCCGUGGUUGCUAUGUGGGCACAGAUUGCAGGGGAGUAAGGCAGGGAACCAGGAAGGCUUCCAGGAACAAGGCCAGGGCUAGGGAGGUGGCCGUAGGGGUGGAACGAAGGGGGCACCUCCCUGGGCGCCUUGCAGGACAGGUGCAAAGUGGGGCCCUUAUAAUGACCCUUCUUCCUACCUUCUGCCCACCACUCUGAGUGGGCCCAGGUGAGCUCUUGUCCUGGUUUCCAAUAGGAGUAGCUCAUUAAGAAGAAGAGAGAAAGGAAUGUCUUCGUUCAAGUGACAAUGAGGAUGAUGAGGGUGGCUGCUUUUUAUUGGGUGCCCCAGAGCUGGGGCUGGUAGUAGGUUCUCUGCCUAUCCAGUUUCUGAUUUUCAGUCCAACCCUAUAAGAGCAGUAUUGCCCCAUUUUACAGAUGGGGAUCCAGGCUCAGAGGGGGAAAGGGGCUUGUCCAGGGCCAGAGCCCAAAGGGAAACUGCCUUAUGCCAGUGGCUGUCGCUUUUCACUGCAUAGAGUGGCCAAGCCGUGCCUGCUCACUCUGGCGUCACCUCAUAACAGUGCCUGCCUCAGAGCAUAGAGGCUAAGAGUGCGGCCCGGGGCAUCAGACUGGGUGGGAUGGCUUACUGCCACUGCCAGCCACCUCUCACCUGUGGGCCUCUGUUCUCAUCUGUAAGAUAAAGACAAGGACAGAGCCCUCUGUGCGGGGUCGUUGUGAGCACAGUGAUGGACACCUACGUAGUAAGACUAGAUCAUUAUCACACUCUUGCAGCUACUGCUUGUAAUGGGCCAAGGGGCUCUGGCGGUGGAUGCAGCCUGAGAAGCGGGCUGCUGGGGUGUGACAGGAGGUUGGGGAAGCUGAAGCCGGAAAGGCAGCCCCUGAUUACUGCGGGGGGAGGGGGCCCUUCGCCCAGGAAUUGCCUGUUCGCCUCGCCUCCCGCUGCCCCUUCCCUGGCCUCCACACUCGGGCAGAUGAGGAGGUCGGGACUCCGCCUGGUUCCUGGGGCACAUUUUCCUUUCGCUCUGGAUGUUCCCUGUGCCCCAGGGGCAGUCCCAGGGGCCGACAGCCCGACUCGGAAUUGCUCGCCAUCAGCAUGUCAUCUUGAAUUUGGGCAUUGCCAUUUAAAGUCAUGUCUCCAUGAACUGGAAACCAGCCGUGAAAGCGUCUGAAACACACAAGAGAGGAUUAGGACUUUCCUCUCUGGUGUCAGGGGCCAUGUGUCAGCUCAGCUGUGCCCCUAGGGGGACGGCAGCCACCAGGGCACAGCAGAGGAGAGCCUGGCGGGGGGCCUGCCACAGCCCAAAGCAAAGCCUCAUUCCUUUCUUCUUCAGACAGUGUGACUUUCACUGAUACUCUUUUAGAA